GCAGCAACCGAAAAUGCCUCCGCUGGUACCGUGGCUUCUGGCUGUCGGACCCUGCCGGCUGCACGGGGAAGCAGCGGCUGGUGAACUACUGCUCGACGACGAACCAGUGGUGUUGCGCCCGCGGUGGGAGGAGGCCAGCUGUCAAGUCAGGUCGGGGUACUGCGUGCCGAGGAAGUCCCUGUGUCCCAGCGGCAGGACGAGGCAUAGGAUGUGUGGAGGGAAGAUGUGCUUCUGUUGUCUCCCAGCUUGGCCAGUCCCGACUUGUCCCUGCGCAGAAAAUUCAGUCUCGGUCUGCAAUGGAACAGGCCCAAUCACGCUAGCUGAGGGAGACUGCUUGCAGAUCCACAGUCCGAACUACCCUCUCCCUUACGAAGACAACACCGCCUGUUCCCUGAGCGUCGUUGCGCCUUCUGUCUGCCAGAUUGUGCUGCAGUUCUGCGAUAUUUCCCUCGAGAGAUGCCCUUACGAUAUUCUGAACCUUACUGAUGGGAUGUACACGUCUUCUUACUGUGGGAAGGCUGGGGUGCUGCCCCUGCCCGCCGUCUUUGGCAACUCGCUCACUGUGCAGUUCUCCUCUGACUUCUCGCAAGUGAACAUCGGCUUCAACCUUGCUAUCUCGCUAAACUGCAAUUAUACAACCACAACUACGACAACGUCCACCUCUACGACAACAUCCACCUCUACAACAACGUCCACCUCUACGACAACGUCCACCUCUACAACAACAUCCACCUCUACGACAACGACAACUUCAACCUCUACAACUACAACAACCUCAACAUCAUCUACCACAUCAACUACAACUACAACAGCUGACCCAUGCUUGAGCGCCCCCGUUUAUACAAUGUGCACAGACACAUUAGCCACCAGCUCUGUGGGCAUAAUCAACAGUCCAGGUUAUCCGGGAACCUACACGAACUUCCUUGAUUGCAACCUCACCGUGACCGUUUCAGCGAGCCCUGCCAUAAGCUUUGAUUACUUGAGUUUCAAUUUGGAAGGGCACUCUUCUUGCAACUUCGACUAUUUGACCAUCAAUGAUACCAUUAGCACACAGAGAACGAAAUACUGUGGGACAAAUCCGCCAAACUUCCCACUUUCAGCCACAAACAGCGUCAGGCUGAGGUUCUUCACUGAUAAAUCUGUGAUUGAUACAGGGUUCUCCAUCUGUUACAAGGGCGUUUGAUGAGCUUGGGUUUUUAAGGUUACGGAGAGGGGAUGGCUGACUAGGCAAAGAAAUCAGUUGCUUGUAGAAUAUAUGUGAGUAAGAACGAACAGUUUCUUCAAUGUAAUGUGUAGUUGAUGCCUUGAUAUUACAUCUUUGAGUUCAUUUUGUAGUUUAGAUUAUUCUAUAACUUCAGGUGUGUUAGCUAUAUCAUAUACAGUACUGUAGGUAUGGGAACGAAUAAUAAUUGUCCAGUAUAUGAUAGGCAUUUAAACCAAGGAUGUAAAACGUAGAAAAUAUCAAUAUACAUUAUAAUGUUUCGAAUAAGAUUGUUACUCAUAAUCAUGAGGAAAUCAGCUUUCGAUUUGAACCUGAUGAUGAGUUUAAAUCUCUCGAAACGUCAGUGCUUGUUCCUCUCGUAUUGUUUAGUAAUAAGUAAACAGUGGCUUGAAAUUAUCUCCUCGUCCGAAGUAGAAAAGCGGAAUAUCAGUUAUAUAUCUUGGAAAUACUAAUUGAUUCCAGUAAUGAUGUAAUAUCUACAGGCCAGUUAUGCAUUUUGCUUUGUGAAAUUUUUCGUUUUUAUUUGUCCUUGUUCUGCAUUUGUCAUCCUGAUCCUGUGUUGAAGCUUCUCGCCUCCAGGUGACUUGAUAUAAAAAAGGAAGAAUGUGAAUUAUUUUACUGCAGUCUCAUUUGCUGAGGUCUGAAGAACUAGCCAGUUAUAAUGAAAAAUAAGUUUUUAAUUUUUCAUUUUGUGUUUAUUACAUAUAGGUGCGACCACGUUACCUUGCAAUGAAUUGUUUCAUGUAUUUGUUUAUCUAUUACAUUAAUUUUAUUGAUGUUAAUGUUUUUUAAAUUGUAUUAUGAUUUGAUUUAUCGUUUAUUUUAAUUAUUAGACUUUCAUUUAUCUGUGCACACAAUUGCUGUAGCUAUCGGUACCACCAAAGUCAUUAGAAAAAUAGGGAAUAUCUUGCACUAAAUGCCGUUGUUUAGCGUAUGUACAUGUUUUUAUCAUACAAAUAUAUCCAUAAAAGCUCUUAUGUAGAUUGCUUCUUGUAGAACAAUAGAUAUGUGAAUGGAAGUUCCCAUAAAACGAGAUAAAGUGAGUAUACUAAAGCACAUAUAGCACAUGUCUCUCUUUUCAUGGAAAUACGGCAUGUGGACAAGCCCUUACUCUGUACCAACUCAUGCCCCACAGCCCUCUAGCAUUAAUCGGCAGCUCAAGGGAGGUGCGCCUUGCCAGUCCUCCCCAGAGAUAAACUUGCUGACAUUGGGAGGAUGAUUGCUGGGGCGCAGGAUGAGAGUGGGGAUUACUCGUCAUGCCUGCGUCCCAGCAGCCGCCAACCCAUUGUGAAACCUGUGGAGGUCGAGGUCUAUCGAGGGGACUGAAGCGGUUGGGAGUUGAGGUGGCGGCCCUCUCAGAGAUGAGAAGACCUGGCAGCGGCACAAUUUGUGGGUACACCUACUACUGGCCAGGUGAAUGCAAUGGUCACCAUCUCCAGGGGUUAUCCAUAACCAACUCCAACCUUCGCAUAUUACGAUAUUGAGACUGAAACUUGUUUUUGGCUUUCUCUUAUUGUACGCUCCUACUGAAGUUUGUAAUCUCGAUGUGAAAGAAGCGUUCUGGCAAACUCACAUAUGUGGCACAGUUGUUUUUUUUUUGCGAGACAUUCUCAUUGUAUUAGGAUACUUCUAUGCGGUAAUCUGAUGUGACUGAGCUGGCUAUGAGAUCUCUAUUGGUCCCAACAGUUCGGAAACUGAUCCUGACAGCGAAUAGCCUCCUUUUUUGAGGAUUUCUGGCUUUUGGUAUCAACACAUCACUGAACAUGGUUUGGUGACAAGGGUACUAUGGCCAAGAAGAUCAAUGUUAACACUUGCAGGAUGAUCAUUCAAAACUGCAGGGUUAACCGGAGUGGCGAGUUCUGUAAUACCGACCAUAGACUGGUUGUGGUCCACUCAGUUCAGGUCCACUCCAAAGCCCUUUUUACCUCUCUAGUGUCCACCUUAGGGUGUUUCACUUGGACAGAUUAAGGGAGUGUGCCCAGAGGUUCAUGACAGCUAUUUGAGUUCGAUAUGCCUGACAAACCCUGUAGCUCUAUGGGAUUCUUCCAAGCGCAGAACACACUAUGCAGUGAAGAAGUCUUUACAAAUGACGGGAGGUCAAGACAAUCGAGAUUUGUGCUGUUCUUUAGUGCUCAAGUACAGAUAUAUCUUGUUUUAGGUAGAUAGACAGGUAAACAUACAGAAACUCUCACUCACACAGACACGUGUACACGCACACUUACUCACUCACAAACUCUUUCUCACCCGCCCCACACACACGCAGAUAUAGAUAGAUAGAUAGAUAUAUAGUUAGAGAUAGAAUAGCUUAUCUGAAUCCAACGAGGAUUUGUAGUGUUAGUUCCGGCACCAAAGUCUUCUUACCUGGAAAAAAAAUCACUAUUUUUAUGCCGAUUCGUGGAACCUCAAAAAUUAUAUUAGCGACCAUGAUCAUGUGAUAUUUACAGGUCUAGAAAGACAUUAUACUAUUGGUAUGCAUCUGGCACAAUACGCACGGUAAAGGUACGAUUACAUUCCGCGAAAGUACGAUACCGACACGUCUGGACACGUUUGGAACACAGGUACGAUAAGUGACGAAUAUGUGACGAGUAUAUGACGACUUGUUAUAGUGACUGCAUAUACAACGUUGUUUUAUGAAUGACUGCGAUCACCUACACUAUACUCACGACGUAUCUAUGAAUGACGUAAGAUUAAUCACGACAUUGACGUGCAGUUAACGGUAUCACGACUUGGUAUCUCGUUUUUAGCGUUAUUUAUUAUUAUUGCGGUUAGUGUUAUUCUUAUUAAUUAUUAUUGUUAUUGUUUUGAUCAAUUUUCUAUUAUAUUCAGCAAUUAAGCACCGAGAGAGAUUAAAUCCUCUUCAUUUAUCGUAAAUCUGUCAGGUUAAUCGGUUAUAUAGCGGUCAUUUUGCACACCACUAAUACUACCUCUUGAUUUACCACAAUAUUGCUAAGACAAAUGACAAGCACACAAAACGCCAAUAUGUAUUAUUUAUUCAUUUAUUUACUCUUUGAAAUUUACCACUUACGAGACGAUGGACGACUGUACAAGAAUUUUCUCGACUGCAGUUGAUGCUUAUCGGCGUAAACCGUUAAAAAGGCGGGAAAAUGGCUAAUUCCUUUGUCUAAUUUCCAAUUCGGUCGUCUUUGUCUUACACAUGUAGAAUUAACACGUAAGAAUAAUUUGUUAUAGUGACAGGAAAGUUAAAAGUUUAUUUAAUUAUAAACAGUUGUUAACUUUGGUUUUUAUUAAGUUGUCUUGGUUUAUGAUCUUUGCGAAUUAAUUUAUCAUGAAUUUAUAAUUUAUAUGAUAUUUAUGAAUUAUGUUUAUUAUAUUUUCGAGAAGUAUUUGGUUACAACGAUAUGUUUUGAGCUGGCGUUCAAAUAAAGAUAU